UUUUUGUUAGAUUUAAAUUCGCUAUUAUUAUUUUUCUUUUUUAUAAAUUGAACAGAUUUCGUGUAAUUGUAGGUAAAUAAGAAGUAGAAAACAUUUCAACAUUUUGACAUUCAACUAUAUCAUUCUUUGGUAAAUACAUAAACUGUACUUAUGAAUAUAACGAAUGUAAGUUCUCACUUAAACAUUAAAUCAAUGUAAUCUACCAUUUAUUUUUUAAUAAAGAAAAAAAAUGAUAUCAACUUUGGAAAUUGUGGAGGACCAAAUUCAGGAAGGACCAAUACGAUGUAUAUUCUUUUCCGAAUUUCAUCAUAUAGCUGGCCCAAAGAUUACUUGUCAGGUACCUGAUAAUUUUGUAUCAAAAGAUAUAUUUGAUAAUGUCAGUGUUUAUAUUAUACCAAAGGCACAAUUACAAAGAAGUACAAUUACUGUGACAUUGAAAGAUUAUAAAAUCUUAGGAUUUCCAGUGAAAAUAGAUGAUAAAAAAUAUGCAAGAAAUGCUUUCUAUUUUAAUUUAUGUUUUGUGUGUGAUUCAGAAGCUCGUACAGUUCAUUAUGAACCAGUAGUUAAGAAGAUGUCUGAUUUUUUGAUGGCUUUAGAAAUUGAGAACUGUUUCUUAUCUGCUUCCGAUGAUAAAACUAGAUUGGCAGAAAUGCUGGGACAUGUUAUGCAGGAAUUAAAUUUGCAUAAAAUGUGUACAUUAACGGAGGGAACAAUGACAUCACAUUUGAAAGUAGUAAAGCUAGCACCAGAACCUAAGCCAGUCCUUGAUCAUCAAGUACCAAUAUUCUUAGAAGGUAGGGAAGCAUUUCAGAGUGAUCAAUGGGAUUUAACAACUCAGCAAGUAUUACCAUAUAUAGAUGGCUUUAACCAUGUUGCUCGGAUAGCAGCAGAAGCAGACGUUGAAAAUAAUUUAGUUAAAAGCUGUGUACAAAAUUUGGCUAAUGUUUAUGCAGCAACGCCAAAACUAAAACAAUUAGCAGAGGAUAUCAAAUUACAAGAAAGAUGUAUUUCAUAUUCGUCUAAAUCUCCAAGACAACCAGCAUAUCUCAGGGAUAUAUAUCGUAUGUAUGCAAGCAUGACUCAUAGCUGUAGUAUGAGGGACUUGUGUCAACGUUUGAAUCCACAAAAUUUAAGAAUUAAUGAAAGAAGAUUGGUUCAAUUUGGUCUGAUUGAAGGUCUUAUUCGAAGGGUUUAUAAGUAUCCCAUACUUCUACCAGGAAUACCAUAUAAUGAAGAAACACGAAAUAAUCCUGUUUAUAAGUAUUUUACGGGAACAUAUAAUUUGGAUGAAAUUUGUUGUAGUACAGGUCAGAGCGUGGCACAAAUAGAAGAAAUCGUUGAACGUGAUCCAAAUAUUGUUAUGUUAUGGAAGUAACUUAGUUAUACAAAUUAUAUAUAUAUAUAUAUGUUUAUAUACAUACAUUAAGAUUUUGUAUAUUAUAGAUAAU